UCAGAUGGAUCUGGUAGUCGGCCAGCAAGCAACAUGGAGGCCCCCUGGGGGAUCAUCAACGUCGAGCCAGGCUGGUAUGUCUCUGCCCAGCGGCCGGUCGAGGCGGAGGCGGAAGAGUUGAGCCCGUUGCUAAGCAACUCACAAGAUUAAUCAUGGCUCUUCCUGAAGCCCACCUGGCUUCUAUAUUGAUGGAGACGACUUUCCUAGGAAACUAGGUUCCUGGAGUUGCACUAGUGGGAGGAACUUCACAGACAGGGAUCCCCAGGUGUUUCAUUUGGUUUCUCAGUGUUUAAUUUGAUGAAUGCCAUCAUGGGAAGUGGCAUCCUUGGCUUAGCUUUUGUUAUGGCUCAUACUGGCAUCCUUGGAUUUAGUUUCUUGCUGCUGAUAGUUGCUCUCCUGGCUGCUUUCUCAGUUCAUCUCCUGCUUAGCAUGUGUAUUCAGACAGCUGUGACAUCUUAUGAAGAUCUUGGACUCUUUGCAUUUGGGUUACCUGGAAAGGUGGUGGUGGCAGCAACUAUAAUAAUUCAGAAUAUUGGAGCUAUGUCAUCUUAUCUUUUAAUUAUUAAAAAAGAGCUUCCUACUGCUAUUUCAGAAUUUUUGUCUGGAGACUAUACUGGGUCUUGGUAUCUUGAUGGACAAACACUACUAAUAAUCAUUUGUGUUGUCAUUGUGUUCCCUCUUGCACUUCUUCCUAAAAUAGGCUUUCUUGGCUACACAAGUAGUUUAUCAUUUUUCUUUAUGGUGUUCUUUGCUCUUGUGGUAAUAAUUAAAAAAUGGUCCAUCCCUUGUCCUCUGACAUUAAAUUGUAAAGAGCAAUACUUCCAGGUUUCAAAUGCUACAGAUGAUUGUAAACCAAAGCUCUUUCAUUUCUCCAAAGAGAGUGUUUAUGCUAUACCAACCAUGGCUUUUUCAUUUCUCUGCCAUACCUCCAUAUUGCCCAUCUACUGUGAACUUCAAAGCCCUUCAAAGAAAAGAAUGCAGAAUGUAACCAAUACAGCAAUUGCUUUAAGUUUUCUCAUUUAUUUUAUAUCUGCACUCUUUGGGUACCUCACUUUUUAUGAUGAAGUGGCAUCAGAUCUACUACAAGGUUAUAGUAAAUACUUGCCACAUGAUGUUGUUGUCAUGACUGUGAAGCUGUGCAUACUGUUUGCUGUGCUUCUGACAGUCCCUUUAAUCCACUUCCCUGCAAGGAAAGCUUUAAUGAUGAUGUUUUUCUCCAGUUUUCCAUUCUCAUGGAUUCACCAUUUUUUGAUCACUCUAGCACUCAAUAUUAUCAUUGUUUUACUUGCAAUAUAUGUUCCUGACAUUAGGAAUGUAUUUGGUGUAGUUGGUUCCAGUACAUCAACGUGUUUGAUUUUUAUAUUCCCAGGACUAUUUUAUCUUAAACUUAGCAGAGAGGAUUUUCUCUCAUGGAAAAAGCUUGGGGCUUUUGUUUUGCUCAUCUUUGGAAUUUUGGUUGGGAAUUUUAGUUUAGCACUCAUCAUUUUUAAUUGGAUUAACAAAUGAAAGAGGUAUUUUCCCACUUCUUAUGAAGAAUAAUUUGCCUCCACAUGCAAAAAGGAAUAGCUCUGGAAGACACCUUGGCUGAAUCCUCUGUAGAUGGGUUAACAUUUUGGAAACAUUACUAACAGAAAAGUGGAGCAAAACAGGAGUGGGUAGGAGGCAGUAGGCUCAAUAGCAGUUUUAAUCAAAAUAAGAAACAAAGUCAAAAUACUCUUACAUAUAGUAGGUCAAUCUUGUUUGUUUAUUUGUGGGCCUACUGGUUUUUAAAUUAACAGACUAUUUUUUAUGGUAGUGUUCAUGUUUACAGAAAUAUGGAGCAGAAAGGACAGAGUUCCCAUGUAUCCCUUCACCCCCAACACAGCCGUAGUUUCCCAUGUUAUUAACAUCUUGAAUUAGUGUGGUUCAUUGAUAAUACUUGUUGAGCCAAUAUUGAUACAUUAUUCUUAACUAAAGUCCAUAGUUUACAUUAGGGUUCACUCUUGAUGAAAGCAUUGAUAAUCACUAAUCUUUUUAUUGUCUUCGUAAAAACUAUGAGCCUUUUCCAGAAUGUCAUAUAGUUGAAAUCAUAUAUUAUGUAACCUUUCAGACUGGAUUCUUUGACUUAACAAUAUGCAAGUAAGUUUCUUCCAUGUCUUUUCGUGGCUUGAUAGCUCAUUUCUUUUUAUUACUGAAUAAUAUUCCAUUGUAUGGAUGUACCACAGUUUGUUUUUCCAUUCAACUGUUGAGGGACCUCUUUGGCUGUUUCCAGAUUUUGGCAGUUUUGAAUAAAGCUGCUAUAAACAUUUGUGUGCAGGUUUUUGUGUGGACGUAAGUUUUCAGCUUAUUUGGGUUAAUACUAAAGAGCACAAUUACUGCAUCGUAUGGUAAGAAUAUGUUUAGUAUUGUAAGAAACUGCUAAACUGUCUUCCAAAGUGGCUGUACCAUUGUGCGUUCCCACCAGCAAUGAAAGAGAAUUC